AUAAUAUCUCAUCUGCCUUCUUCUCUCACAAUAUCUUCACCCCAGAGUUGCCCCUCCGAAACCGCAUGCUGAUGGCCAAACAAUCUUUAUUUUCCAAGUCCGCUUUGGCAGACAUCGCCAAGUUGAGCAGCAAGCAAAAGUGUUCAAUAAUCAAUACAUUUUGGCCCCACUUGAAUCUUUCCAGUGAAGCAUACAAAGACACAAGUUACGCAGGCUUCCUUCGAUAUCUCGGUCGAAAUCUGCAAUAUCUGCACCAGUACAGCUCGAAAUUGGUUGUUCAAGACUGGGACGACUUAUCUGCAAUGUGUGAACAUCUGCGAACUCAUCGAACCUCCAAAAGAGCUCUGCUUCUCGAGAGUAUCCAGCGACAAUACAUUAAUACACCCGAAAGUCACGUCGGUGCUUCGAUUGACCUCGCAGCCCGGCUUUUGCUUGGGCUGAAUAUCUCUGGAAUAGGUAUGCCAAUCAGACGGUCGAACACUAGGGACAGCCAAGUUCAUUGGCAUGACAACCAGUCUCUAGAUGAGAUGAUCAUGGCGGAGUUUCCAACGGGAACGAAGCAGCUGGCAGUCUCGACCCUGGCGAUCGAUACUUCAUUCACCGCCGUAACGUUAAAAAGCGUAUGUCGAGUCAACAUCCGAUGGACAGAUAAUUUGGUGGAUCAUUUGAAGUUACAUGGAAGGCGAGGCGACAGGACUUUAUCGAUCUACCAACAUAAGAUCUGUCUUGUGAAUCAUCUGAAAGGACCUGAAUCGAGCAUACUACCAGAAGAUUUAUUGAGAGAGACCUUGACGACCCUUAGUAUUCUUUUUCCUGUUGGCGAUGAGGACACGGAAGCAUUUUUGCAGGACCAGAACAUUCAGUUCUGGAAUGAUUAUUCAGCUAGAGAAUCUGGGUUUAGAGGACUCGAUGAUUUCAAGUAUUGGAAGCAUAGGCUGACGCAGUUGCUGACCUUGUAUCACGGACCUCCGGAAACUGUUAUUCAGACACUGCUGGACACUAGGAACGUAUCUCAAUUCGCAACUCUAUGGGUCGCUAUCUUUGGUGUGUUCUUUUUAACGAUCUUAUUUGGUGUUCUCUCAACCAUAUAUUCCGUCAAGCAAUACAAUGUGGCCGUGAAGUCGUACGAGCUUGCAAUCGCUCAAGCUUGUCAGCAAAACUCCGCGCCACUGGUGGGGUUUUGUGAUUGAGAGAAGUGGAAACUACUAGAAAAUGAAACUUUAUGCGAAAUUCGACCAUUACAUACUUGCUGCCUGUAUUUCAAUAUUGUGAAAA